CGGAAGCAAGGGGCAAACCAGAAUCUCUCUCACUUUGAACAAUACUCGUUGUCGCCGGCUUCAUUCUUCUGUAAAAAUUCAUCCAUAUCUACCGUAACUAUGACGGCGACGGUGUCGUGGAGCCCCCAAGAAGAAGGAUUCAAGGAGGUUUUCGGCUUGCUUGAGCAGCAGAUAUCACCGACUUCUGAUAAGUCUCAGAUAUUGAGCCAACUUCAACGCUACUCACAGUUACAGGAUUUCAAUAACUAUCUCGUUUUUAUCCUUGCUCGAGCCGAGGGCAAACAAAUGGAAGUCCGACAAGCUGCUGGGUUGCUUCUCAAGAAUAACCUCCGAAGUUCCUUUGAGUUGUUGAUUCCUUCAUCUAAGGAAUAUAUAAAAUCAGAAUUAUUGCCUUGCAUGGGUUCAGCUGACAAGCUUAUUAGAUCUACCACUGGGAGUAUUAUAAGUGUACUAGUUCAGAUUGCAGGAGUUCAUGGAUGGCCAGAGCUUCUAAAUACACUUGUUAAAUGCUUGGAUAGUAAUGACUUAAAUUGCAUGGAAGGUGCUAUGGAUGCACUUUCCAAGAUAUGUGAGGAUAUACCUCAAGUGCUAGAUUCAGAUAUGCCUGGAUUAACUGAGAGACCUAUCAGUGUAUUCCUUCCCAGAAUGUUGCAGUUUUUCCAGUCCACGCAUGCAUCACUAAGAAAGCUGUCUCUGGCUUCUGUAAACCAGUAUAUCAUGUUAAUGCCUCAAGUUUUGAAAUUGUCCAUGGAGAAGUAUCUGCAAGGUUUAUUCAUGCUUGCUGAUGACCCAGUAGCUGAGGUGCGGAAAUUGGUCUGUGGAGCAUUUGUUCAAUUGAUUGAAGUUCAUCCACAUUUCUUGCAGCCACACUUGAGGAAUUUGAUUCAAUAUAUAUUGCGUGUAAAUAAGGAUGUCGAUGAGGUUGCUCUUGAAGCUUGUGAAUUUUGGUCUGCUUAUUGUGACGCACAAUUACCACCUGAAAACCUUAGAGAAUUCCUGCCACAUAUAAUCCCGAUUUUAUUGUCAAACAUGGUUUAUGCUGAUGAUGACGAAACACUAAUUGAGGCUGAGGAGGAUGGGUCAGAGCCAGACCGUGAACAGGAUCUGAAGCCUAGGUUUCAUUCAUCGCGUAUUCAUGGGUCUGAGAAUUCUGAAGAUGAUGAUGAUGACAUAGUCAAUGUUUGGAACUUGAGGAAGUGCAGUGCAGCUGCACUUGAUAUUCUGUCUAAUGUAUUUGGUGAUGAGAUUCUACCAACUUUGAUGCCUAUAGUGCAGGCUAAGCUAUCAACUAUUGAUGACACUGCCUGGAAAGACAGAGAAGCUGCUGUUUUAGCUCUUGGUGCCGUAGCUGAUGGCUGUAUCAACGGUCUCUAUCCCCAUUUACCAGAGAUUGUCACAUUUCUAAUUCCCCGUUUAGAUGACAAGUUUCCCUUGAUACGAAGCAUCUCAUGUUGGACCCUCUCUCGUUUCAGCAAAUUCAUUGUCCAGGGAAUUGGCUAUAAAGAAGGUCAUGAGCAAUUUGAUAAAGUUCUCACGGGGCUCCUUCGAAGAAUGCUGGAUGAUAAUAAGAGGGUGCAAGAGGCUGCCUGUUCAGCUUUUGCAACUCUAGAAGAGGAGGCAGCUGAUGAAUUGGCUCCAUGGUUGGAGACCAUUCUCCAACACUUAAUGUUUGCUUUUGGGAAAUAUCAGAGGAGAAAUCUUAGAAUCGUAUAUGAUGCUAUUGGGACUCUAGCAGAUGCUGUUGGCGUUGAAUUAAACCAGCCUUCGUACCUAAAUAUUAUGAUGCCUCCACUGCUUGCGAAGUGGCAACAUCUUUCAAAUUCAGACAAAGACCUUUGCCCACUGUUGGAAUGCUUUACAUCUAUUGCUCAGGCUUUGAGUAGUGGGUUUGCACAGUUUGCAGAACCUGUUUUCCAGAGGUGUAUUAAUAUCAUCCAAACCCAACAACUGGCAAAGGCUAAUCCUGUUCAAUCUGGGAUCCAAUACGAGAGAGAACUCAUUGUGUGUUCCUUGGAUCUGCUCUCUGGACUAACAGAAGGUCUUGGUAGCGGGAUAGAAUCUCUGGUUUCACAAAGUAAUUUGAAGGACCUGCUUCUUCAAUGUUGCAUGGAUGAUGCCUCUGAUGUUAGACAAAGUGCUUUUGCUUUAGUUGGUGAUCUCGCAAGGGUAUGUAGCAUCCAUUUGCGUCCACGCCUGGCUGAAUUCCUCGACGUUGCUGCAAAACAACUGAGUGUUUCUAAGCUGAAAGAAACAAUUUCCCUGGCUAACAAUGCAUGCUGGGCCAUUGGUGAAUUAGCAGUCAAGGUUGGACAAGAAGUUUCUCCAGUAGUGAUGGCUGUUAUCUCAUGCUUGGUUCCAAUUCUUAAGCAUGCUGAGGAGCUCAACAAGUCACUUGUAGAAAAUAGUGCCAUCACCCUUGGGAGACUUGCCUGGGUCUGUCCAGAGAUUGUAUCACCGCACAUGGAGCAUUUCAUGCAACCAUGGUGUAUUGCUCUCUCUAUGAUUCGGGAUGACAUUGAAAAAGAGGAUGCUUUUCGUGGUUUAUGUGCAAUGGUUAGAGCUAACCCAUCAGGAGCAAUAAAUUCGCUUGUCUCCAUGUGCAGAGCUAUUGCAAGUUGGCAUGAAAUAAGGAACAAAGACUUGCACAAUGAAGUUUGCAGUGUCUUAAGCGGUUAUAAGCAGUUGCUUGGGAAUGAAGAUUGGGAGAAAUGCAUGGCUGCUCUUGAGCCAGCAUUGAGGGACAGACUAUCGAAAUAUCAACUGUGAAGAAUCAUCUCAUGAUUUGUUUUGGUUUGAAGAAUUUCCGUUUUUAGAGCUGUGUCUGUCCUUAAUCUCAUCCAUGGUGUGACGAAUUUCACUUGAUCACGACUAAGUUUGGGAAAGGCAUCAGCCAUGAAUUGAACAUAUUCAAGGAUGCUGAUGGUUGAUCAUCAGCAAUAGGGAUGGAUUGAUAAAUGUUUAGAGUUGGGGUAUAGUGUGUCGUUAUUGAGUUUUAUUAUUUUUUGGGGGGAUUUAUUUAUGUUCCAUUCCAGUUUUUUCCUUUUUUUUUUUUUUUAAUUUGAAAAUAUUGGGCUGAAUCUAUUUUUGAUUGUUCUUUCAUGCAAUUUCAACAAAUUUUUGCAUGGGAUUCAUUCUUCUUUUCUGGAUUGUGUCAUUGAGUUGGGGUAUAGUUGAGGAUGCCAAUUGAUUUACUCCAUUGUUGUGGGAUUUAGGAUUUGAGUUAUGUAGUAAUUAAAUUGUUUCUGUAAAAUUGUUCAGUUUCUUCCUGUCACUUUGCUACUAAUAAAUUUGUUAUAUGAAAAGUUUGAUAUUUGGUA